UUUUUUCCUCGCAUUGUUUUUUUUUUUUUUGGAAUUAUUUGUAGUGUCAAGUCGUUGCAUGCGGCAGAAGAAUAAAAAUUAUUUUUUGUUGCUCUUCACAUUGGAAAUUUACAAGUGCACAUACACCUGCGUACAUAUAUGUGUGUUUACUGUGCUGGUUAAUUACACCUUACAAUACUUGUGUAAUAAUUUCUUGUAAUCUCACAUAUGCUUGGGUUGAAAAAUCAGAAAAUUUUUCGUCAUCGAUUCAAAAAAAUCAAUAUUUGAAAAUUUGUAUACUUUUCGUGAUUUUUCUUUUAAUAUUUAUAUAAAAAAUAGUUUUUUUAACAAAUCAAAUUAAAAAUGACCAGCAGCAACAUUAACAAAAUUAUACGCAGCAAUAUCACAUUAAAGCCGUGGAUACUUUCGAAGAAUACUUCAGAAAUUGUCAACACCUGCAUACAGAAAAUUUACAAACAAUCGCAAAACAACUUCAAGAAUGACCAGAAUAAAAUCGCCGCAGCAAAACCCGAGAACAGGGGACCCCUCCGCGCGCUCAAAAUGCAGGAGCGCAACCGCGUACCGCUCAGUAUAAAUGUGACACGGACAAAAAAAGGUGCCGCAACGGCAACGGCAAAUGCAACAAGCACCGGCAAUGCGCCCGCGGCGGCCGGUGCUAGCGGAGGCACUGCUGCAGCCCCUGCUGGCGAACGUCUCGCUAGCAAUGCAGCGGCAAAUAAUCGUCGCGGCGCCGUUGCAAAUCUAUCUGCACAUCGCAAAUUGUUGAAAUCUUCGCCCAACUACAAAAUCUACGGUACACGACGUUUCGGUUCGAGCGCCAGCAGUUCGAAUGCGAGCAUCUUUCGACGCAACGAGGAGCGACGCCGCACCUCAACGCAAACCGCGCAAUUAAACUAUCUGCUGCGUACGUAUGCGACGCAAGCGAAAGAACGCAAAGCUUUUGCGAACGCCACGAUUAUGCCAAAGUUUAUGGUAUCGGCGCGAAAUCAACACAUGUCGACGCGCGUUCACAGCGAAUCGCUGCCGCCACAUGUCAUACAAACAGCAACGGCGAUACAACGCGAUCUGAUGCCCAUCGAUAGCAUGAUAAAAGAUCGCAUUGCGCUUGGACGUCCGCGUACCAACAAAAUGGCUGUGCAGAAGCCGAAAAAUCAGGAUCCCAUGAGCGGUUGGCAUCAUCCGCCAUCGCAGGACCUUUUCCAGGCGCGUUUUAAUCAGCACGGCAUCGCCAACGACGAACUGCAGGAACAGUGUCGACGCAUGAAAAACGCCAAUAAGCUGCGUCAGUUCGAGCAAUUGCGUCAAAUGGAAAAGCGUAAUACCAUUUUGGGCCACGUGGGCAAGAAACCGCCACGUCAACAUGUCUUGGAGGAGUUCGAGAACAAAAUGAAGAUAACGUCGCCGAGCAAAUCUCCGCAAAAUCCUGUACGCCAUCAGGCGCCACAGUUCGAGCACUCAUAUCUGACACGUGUCACACGUCAGCAACAAAUCGGGGCCGUAGAUACGGAAACAAAGGCGCUGUUGCCCGUUAAUGAUGUAGCGCCGACAAGUCCUACAACGACGUCUGAGGCAGCUACACAAAACAACGCCUCAACAGCGACACAAACAACAGGUGAAAUGAGUUAUGCCGCGAAUGAAGCCGCCACGCCUACGACACUGAAUGCCGCCGGAUCGGUCAAAAGCAGCGCAGCAAAUGCGCAAUUAAGUCUGCCGGCACCCGAAAUUCCCGAACCCGAUCCCUCGGUAACUGUGCAAAUCAAUUCACCCCUGUCAAUCACGAAGAAAUCAGCGACAUCACAGUGGGCAGGCAAAGCUGCGGCACAUCACUAUACAAUGCGUUUCAGUCAUACCACACAUUUGAAAAAAUUCUGAGCGUACAACAACGUGAGGAAAGAACUCCGAUAAAACCCAUUCUAGAUGUGUAAGAUCAUGAGGUCAUUUUAGGAAGUCGUAAGACGAUAAUUAACGAAUAAUAGGAUAUUAGUAUAUACACACAUAUGUACUCAGGUAUAUAUGUAGGCGAAUAGAUAGACGUAGAGAAAGAGAAGGACCGAUGCGUAGCGUGGUAAAUGUGAGAAGAGAGACAACAAAAAAUAUAGAAAAACAAUUACUUAUGCAAAGUCUUACGACACGAUAACGGUAAAUACAUGAAAUUUUGUUACUAUUGCUAUCUCUGUCACACUCAUUAAGUGAUUCUUCUCUUCCAGCGCUCGCAUUGCUCUCACUCUCUUCUCUACUGUUGGCUCAUCAAUUUGUUAUGCGUAAAUUUUCAAUGGAAAAGGGCAGACGAUAUAAAUUAAACGUACUCCAUUUUGGUUAUUUAUUUAUUUUAAUAUUUGGUGCGAUAGUCAUGUAGUAAUGUUAGUAAGAAUGUGCUCAGGCUGAUGUUUUGAAAUGUUGAACAAAAAUUAUUAUACUUACAUUUGAUAUAAUCGCCGUAAAUUGAUAUGUGUUGUUGCAGUGAUUAUAAUGAUUAAAUAUAAUCAUACGAUUACAAAAGUGGUUCAA